AGAAAGUAUAAAUGUAAACUUUUUCAGGUCCAACGCAGCAAAAAGUCUCCUCUUUUCUCUUUCUCUCUCUCUUUCCUCUUUGCGUCCUUCAGAGGCUGGAAGCGAUCACCAUGGCAGCAUUUCUCGCGAGACGGCUUAUCGGUAACAGAUCGAGCCAGAUUCUCGGGACUUCGAAUUCUAGCUCCGGUGCGUUCAUUUCCGUUUCUAGGGCUUUCUUCUCCUCCACCACUCCGAUCAAAGCAACUCUCUUUCCCGGUGAUGGGAUCGGUCCCGAAAUAGCUGAAUCUGUCAAACAGGUGUUUACUGCCGCUGAUGUGGUCAUUGAUUGGGACGAACAGUUUGUUGGUACUGAAGUAGAUCCUAGAACCAAUAGUUUCUUGACAUGGGAAAAUCUUCAAUCUGUGCUUAAAAACAAGGUUGGUUUGAAAGGACCAAUGGCAACGCCAAUUGGAAAGGGUCACCGUUCCUUGAACCUUACUCUUAGGAAAGAGCUGAAUUUGUAUGCCAAUGUUAGGCCUUGCUACAGUCUUCCUGGUUACAAAACCCGUUAUGAUGAUGUUGAUCUCAUUACCAUUCGUGAAAACACGGAAGGAGAGUACAGUGGGCUUGAACACCAGGUUGUCAAGGGUGUGGUGGAAAGUCUUAAAAUUAUUACCCGUAAGGCGAGUAUGAGAGUUGCUGAGUAUGCCUUUCUUUAUGCCAAGACUCACGGAAGGAAGAAAGUUUCAGCAAUUCACAAAGCCAACAUUAUGCAGAAAACUGAUGGUCUUUUCCUGCAGUGUUGUGAUGAGGUUGCUAAGAAGUAUCCUGAGAUAUAUUACGAGAAGGUUGUUAUUGACAAUUGCUGUAUGAUGCUUGUGAAAAACCCAGCACUUUUUGAUGUCUUGGUGAUGCCAAAUCUCUAUGGAGAUAUUAUCAGCGAUUUGUGUGCCGGACUUGUUGGGGGACUAGGACUGACUCCUAGUAUGAAUAUUGGGGAGGAUGGUAUUGCCCUUGCUGAAGCUGUUCACGGCUCUGCACCUGAUAUUGCUGGAAAGAACCUGGCGAACCCAACAGCUUUGCUACUGAGUGGAGUGAUGAUGUUGCGGCACCUGAAGCUCAACAAACAAGCAGAGCAAAUCCACAGUGCCAUCAUCAACACAAUAGCCGAGGGAAAGUAUAGAACCGCUGAUCUCGGAGGUACCUCAACCACAACCGAUUUCACAAAAGCCAUCUGUGAUCAUCUCUAAACACCUGUAAAAACCAGAAUUCUUUCUUUACUCUUACUCAUUCGCCAUUGGAUCUUCCUCUUGGAUUUUCACUCCAAAAAUUUUCUACUUAUUGAUUCUCUUCCUAAGAGGAGAAACAAAGCCGCCAUUGGCUUUAGACAUUGAUUUGUGUUUUCCUUAACAUUUGAAGUUCUUGCAGAGCUGUAUUUACUUCUUCUGCCUUUAAGAUAUAGAUAUUGGAAGAAUCCAUCAAAAAGGUUUUUGUGAACACAUUUACAAUUUGUGAAUCUUGCCUGAAUUGUUUGGCGUUAUGUCUUAAUCUCUGUGAAUGAAUCUUCAACAAUAAUAAUAUCGUGCCUUUUUCCUUGCC